AGCUCGACCGAGUGAUAUGAGGCCUGUGGUGAGGAGUGAAGCCUGAGCUAGAUUGCCCCUCCCGUCGACCGAGUGAUAUGAGGCCUGUGGUGAGGAGUGAAGCCUGAGCUAGAUUACCCCUCCCAUCGAGUAUGCCAAGAUGGCGCCCAUUUCCUGCUCCCUAGCUAGUAAACAACACGCCCUGUAAGCUAGUCUGCCCAGCAACAGCUGACGCUGGCCAAUCAGCUCGUCUUGCCUACUUUGAUGUGAUUGGUCGAUGUGUCCAUAUAUAUGCUGACACCACCCCUGGGGCGACAACACACACACCAAGAAGAGGGACUGCUGAGAGAAGCACACAAGGAGCCGUAGGGAACGGACCAGAGGAGGCUUCCCUCAGGCGGGAUCCGAGAUCCCGGAACAGGGCGUACGGAGAGAGAAAAUAAAUCAGAGGCUAUCCGCCGACUACUCGUGUCGUGUGUUUUUUCCUGCCGGCCGGGAUCGACACCGACAUUUGGUGGCCCGUACGGGGAACUGAUCACCCCCGAGGCGAGGCGGACGACGCUCCAGUAUUGCUCUGCAGGACAGGAACCAGGACGAGAACCAUUGUGGGUCCCAGAACGGCUGACGCGUGUGGCGAAUCCAACGAAACAUAAUGCAGGAGACACUCCAAAACUCAACGGCAGCGGACAGCCUAAUCAAGAUCGGUCCGACCAGGAUAUUGCUGCUCGACCGAGGAAUACCGUAUGACUUAUGGGACACAGUAAUGAUUAUGCUCUCGAUAGUAAUUGGCUCUCUUUUAGGGUACGGUGCAGCCAGAGUGGCUAGGCCACGCCGCCUUCCGGCAGCCCCCUUCCUUCUGGUUUUGAUGCUCACCACCACUACUGAAAUAGGAGCAGACUUGGUGUGGGCAGCAAUACAUCAUCCGCCAGCGCUAGCCGCUAUCUCCACCACAGCCCCCUCUCUCCCAAAGUUGUAUGCAAAAAACUGCUCCGCCAGAUUGCCUUGCAUACCAGAUAUACCGUUAACCAUCAGACCCAUACGUUUUGACCUUCCCAUCACCAAUGACGUGGUCAUUUUUUCCACUAAUAGUAACCCCUCGUGUCACCGGGGAUCCUGCGUUAGCUUCCUGCCCCUCCUUGUAAAAUGGUACAAUACCUCCCUGACGGUGAGGUUGUCUGUCCCAUCCCUGCAUUCGCCUGGAUGUUUUAAAGCUGGCACACUUAGCGGCGGAGUCAUCACUUUUAACUCAACCUGCAAACCCCGAGCAGCCAUGCACACCCGUCCCGAUUUCCCCACAUGCCCAUACCGUGUGUCCCCAAGCCGAAAAAGACAGAUGGUGGACCUGUCACAACUUUCAUGGCAGCCCUGUACUGUCGACGGCGUGGGAGUGACUCAUCUAAACAUGUCUUGGUGGUCCCGGUUCUCUCCUCCAUCCGGUAGUAACAACAUAUUCGCGUUGACCUGGUGGGAGUCCUACCUGAGAGUGAACAACAAGUGGGCAAUAAGCUUCCCCUUCCCCCUUAAUGAAAAUUGGUUGUGCCUCUCCACCGGAGCCUGCAUGGACUUAAGACCCAUGCUCGCUAUUAACGCUUCUGCCUCUAAUGGAACCACCAAUGUCACCCUUAAUUCUGAGGCUGCAUGCGUAAAACCGCCCUACUUAUGGGUAUUCUCUGCUGACAUCUCCUUUAAGUGCAGUAACCAACCAUGCUUUACAGGGAACUGCUGGAAUGGGUCUUUCCCGUAUGCUAUGUUGGCUCUUCGACCCCCACUGAUGUGGGUUCCCUUUAACGAAUCUGUUUGGGUUCAUCCCGUCUAUCAGCAGGACCAACUACCCAUGCUCAGACGUAAGAGAGAUUUUGGGAUCACAGCGGCCCUGACAGCACUGUUCGUGACUCUGACUGCGACGGCUGUGACGGCUGCCGUUGCUCUGACCCAGUCUACGCUGACGGCUCAGGCCUUUACCAAUCUUACGGACACCACCUCCCUGGCGCUGAGGGAGCAACAAGAAGUCAACCUCCUCCAGCACAACGCCAUAAUGGCGUUACAGCAGCAGAUCGACCUAAUCGCUCAGGAAGUCCAGGGACUCUGGGAGGUGGCUAACAAUUUAUGUGACGCCAGAUGGGCAUUCACUCAGUUGUGCGUUACCCCCAUCCAGGUCAACCGUUCGGCUUACAGGCAAUUUCAGGAUUAUGUUCUCACCACCUAUAAUUCUUCCUUUUGGAACGCUAGCGUGCGCCUGGAUAUGACUAUCCGGCAGCUAGAUCAGAUAGAGGUGCCUAUACUUACAGCCUCCUUUUUUGAUGAUGUCCUAAGCCAGAUAGGCUCCUUCUUCAAACCUUCGUCACUUCUUGCGUAUGGGAUCAUUCUUGCUCUUGUGAUUGUCACUCUCGUGACUCUUAGGUGCCUGCGGUCGAUAAGGGCGACCCAAAAGACACAUAUGACAUUGAUGAUGUUGCUGGCCCAGAGUCAAGGGGAUUCCACACCUAGCGUUUUCUGGGCUCAGGCUAGAAAGGCACGGCUCCUUUAA